UAACGUUUUGUAUAGAUAUUAAUACUGGAACAAGCUGCUGCCAAAAAUGUCGAAAAUUCUUUUUCGACCGUUAAUACAACCUGUAAUUUUUCGCCGGCUAUGCGAUAAACCGAAGCUGAGUAACAAGCCGUCGAACACUCCACACCCACCGAAGGACCCUCCAGAUGAUUACCAACCUACCAGUGUAAACCAUGAUGCAUUGGAUGUGCCCGAAUUUGUGAGUCCCUCCUCCUUUCGUCAGUUCAGUGGUCCCGAUGAAAAGUUAGGACCAGGAGCUGGAAAAGCCAUGCCCUACAAGAAUGCCCAGUACUUUGGCUACCAUCGGUUCUCGUUUACGGAUCUGCUAAGCACGGCUACGGAGUUACGCGAUGAACGGCGUUUGGAUGGAGGCCUUCAGGCAUCUAUAGAAGCGGAUGAAGAAUCUGUAAGUGAAGAGUCUCAACUGGAGACCAUGAAGAAAUUGGAAGGCGAGUGUGAUAAAAUCCUCGCAAAUCAAGCCAAGCAAAUUGAGGAAGAGAAGUCUAAGCCCAAGGAGAAGAAUCUUCAGGAUAUGAGCGAAGAGGAGCUAAAAGAGUGGUGCAAGAAAAAAGAAGAGGACAUCAAAAAGAAAGAGCAGCUAAAGAAAGAUGACGGCAAACCCCCAAAGAAACUUGAGGACAUGACUGAAGAGGAGUUGAAGGCCUGGUGCCAGAAGAAAGAAUUCGACAUAAAAGCAAAAGAAAAGAAAAGACUGGCUGAAGAAAAGGCUAAAUGUGAGGCAGAAGAAAAGAAGAAGAGUAAUGAGGCCAAAAAGAAGUAUGAAGAGGAAGAAAAAAGGAAAAAGGCAGCGGAGACUAAAAAGAAAAGCGAGGAAGUAGAGAAAAAGAAAAAUGAAGAAGCUAAUAGAAAGUGCGAGGAGGAGAGGAUCAAAAAGGAAGCAGAGGCUAAGAAAAGGUGUGAAGAGGAAGAACUAAAGAAAAAGUGCGAGGAAGAAGAACGGAAGAAAAAGUGUGAGGAAGAAGAACGGAAGAAAAAGUGUGAGGAAGAAGAACAG